CGACUCUACAUGAAUUUGCACAUAUGGCUGCCACCGGCGUUACUUGACUUUUCUUUUGAUAAGUACUCCCUGCGUUUCUCGGCGCAGUAUAAAACCUAACCCGGGGCGACCCGAUCACUAGUGCCGUUUCGUUCGUUUCUAUAUUAAGAUCGCCUUCCCACGGCCUCGGUUCACGAUGCGUCCGCGCACACCGAUCGCCCGCACAAUAAAAACCAAACGUAGUACCUAUUAUAUUUUUCCUACGAAUUCGACUUUCCCUGUGGUCACUUGAGAAAGUGUCACGGGAAAAGGUACCUAAAGUGUUCUAAAAUUCGGGUGUUGCAGUUCUAAAAUGGUAAUAUGUGAAGUGAUAAGGAAGUGAAUUUUGAAAUUGGAAGGUAAAUUAGACUGACGUCAUUAUGAAAUUCACAAUCGAUGUAUUGGGGAUUUUCUUGAAAGUUGUCAUUAGGGUAAACAAAGUUACGUUUGCACCAUUAGUGGUAUCAGCGCUGUUCAUACUCCUCACGUCUCUCCUGGCCCACUGCGCGCGGCGCCUGGUGCAGAAGGCAGUGCAGGAGCCUUUCGUCAGAUUACUGUUGGAGGAGGCGAUCGCAGCUGCCGAACUAUGCGGAUGUUGCUUCGAACUCAUUAUUGUGGCUGACAACUUCGGGGUGGGAACGUACGCCAUAUUCCUGUUCUUGCUGACAAUCUGGUGGUCCAUGAACUGGGGUGAUGCGACAGCUUGUCCAUAUACUCAUAUUGAGGAUGUCAUUGAAGGCAAAGGUGAUAUUCGAAAAGCUUUGCUAAAAACCUGGGCGGAAUUGACUGGCGGUCUUCUGGUAUUUAAAUACGUCCAAAUGUAUUGGGCUCUUGAAAUAUCUGAGACGCAUAAAGAUAAGGCUUUUGAAGACUGCAAAGCCGAUCUACAGGUACCAGUAUUAUAUGGAGCAGUCGUCGAAGGUGUAGCAACCUGCCUAUGUAGACUAGCCUCCAAAGCUUUAGGGGACUUGAAUCCUCGGUUCUCAACCGCUAUCGAUGCCUUCAUCGGGACUUCUUUAGUCGUCGCCGGAGUCCUCACUAGGCACACGGUUUUCGUCUACCGGUAUCAGGACAAUAGUGCCAAUGCGGACUUAAGCGUGUCCAUCUUUUGCAAAGUACAUUUAGGAAAAGCUUUUGAAUAUUCCGGUGGAUAUUUCAACCCGGUUCUGGCCACCUCACUGAAAGCAGGAUGCGAAGGUCACUCGCUGUUGGAACACGCAGUUGUCUAUUGGAUCGGUGCUUGCGCUGGAUCUGCAUUAUCAGUUUAUAUGUACAAACUACCCAUCAUCAAGAAGUUUGUCCGUGGCACUACAGAAGUCAACGGUGAUAGUAUUUGGGCGGACAAAGAAGAUUAAAAUGUAUCAUUUCCUGUUUUUUGUACAUUUUCCAAGUCAUAUUCCAGUUUCUUUUCUUGUCUUCUUCUGUUGUUCAUUAUUUAAGUUAACUUCAUUAUCUCUCUUUAUAAACUAAGAAGACUUAAGAAGAACGUUAUCUGAUAAUUAAUUUAUUAAAGUGAUACCUUACUCUAGUCAAGUUAUAUCUCUAAGUUAAACCUCGUGCUUAGUCCAUUAUACAGAUUUUACAAGUUAUUGUAUUAAAGGAAACAAAAAAUACGCAAACUUUUAUAUAAAAUUUUUUUACUUAUAUUUUUUUAUAAUUUAUUGUAAAUUCGCCUUGAUGUCAUCACACAAUUGAAUAUUGACGUUUUGAACUGUGAAUAAUUGAUUUCGUUUAAGGUUUGAUCGUCAUUUGUUACUAUGCUUCCAUUGAAAUCUAACCUAAAUGUGUUCCAAAAAUAUAAUAAGUGCUACGUGAACCUGUUGUAAAUAAAUCCAAUGUUUUGUUAGUCAUUUUGUUUAGU